UAGCAAAUUUCUAUACUUUAGAAAGCGCUAUUCAUUAUGAAGACAUCAAUCAUUUUAUCUACCCUUCUGGGCCUUGCCCUUGCCUUGCCAAUUUCUGAAAAACAAGCCCGCGGCGAGGAUGACACCGCAAUUGGUGCUGAUGUCGUCUGGAAGCGUGGCGAGGACGAUACCGCAAUUGGUGCCGAUGUCGUCUGGAAGCGUGGCGAGGACGAUACCGCAAUUGGUGCCGAUGUCGUCUGGAAACGCGGCGAGGACGAUACCGCAAUUGGUGCUGAUGUCGUCUGGAAGCGCGGCGAGGACGACACCUCAAUGGGUGCCGAUGUCGUCUGGAAACGCGGCGAGGACGAUACCGCAAUUGGUGCUGAUGUCGUCUGGAAGCGCGGCGAGGACGACACCUCAAUGGGUGCCGAUGUCGUCUGGAAGCGCGGCGAGGACGACACCUCGAUUGGUGCUGAUGUCGUCUGGAAGUAAUUAUGUCAAUGAAAUAAGCGUCGGAUGAUGUCUAUUGCCCCAGUUCGCUCAAAUUGAAAGACAAAAAUCGAAACUCUAUUGGGAUUUGUGAGAGAUUCACAAUGAGGAAU